CCAGUGUGAACUGCAGGCUAAUAACUGAACCUUGGCCCUGCGACUGGGCAUCAAUAAUUGAGAGCUGUCAGUCAGGCAUCCCAGUAAGUGCGCUCAGCUCCUCUCACUCUCGCUUUUGCGGUCGCUCCCGGAUCAGAGUCGGAAGAUGAAUGCGACGAGGAACAUGAGCGCGUUGGUGUUUUAUCGGCGGGUUGUCGGCCGAGAAACCUUCAGCAAGCCACUGUUCAACUGGCUGGCGGGAGUGGGAAUCCGCAGCCACUCCGGGGCGGAGAGAGGGAGCAGCAGCGGCCCAGGCCCCUGCCCAGAGCACCAGCCUCACAUCAAGACACGGGGUUACGAGAUCACUCGCAACCCCCAUCUCAACAAGGGUAUGGCAUUUAGUCUUGAAGAACGGCUGCAGCUUGGAAUUCAUGGUCUGCUCCCACCAUGUUUUUUAACCCAAGAUGUUCAGGUUCUCCGUGUCCUUAAAAGCUACGAGACCAAAACCAAUGAUCUUGACAAGUAUAUUAUCCUAAUGACUCUGCAGGACCGAAAUGAAAAACUUUUCUACAGAAUGCUUACUUCCAACAUUGAAAGAUUUAUGCCCAUUAUUUACACCCCUACUGUGGGCCUGGCAUGUCAGCAGUACGGUCUUGCCUUUAGAAGACCACGAGGACUGUUCAUUACCAUUCAUGACAAAGGCCACAUUGCAACAAUGUUGAACUCUUGGCCAGAAGACAAUAUAAAGGCCAUUGUUGUUACUGAUGGUGAACGUAUACUUGGACUUGGGGAUCUUGGAAGCUAUGGAAUGGGAAUUCCAGUGGGAAAACUAGCUCUCUACACAGCCUGUGGUGGUGUGAAUCCACAGCAAUGCCUCCCUGUGCUUCUAGAUGUUGGAACAGACAAUGAGACUCUCCUCAAUGACCCACUUUAUAUUGGAUUGAAACACAAGAGAGUUCGUGGGCAGGCGUAUGAUGAAUUGGUUGAUGAGUUCAUGCAAGCAGUCACAGACAGAUAUGGAAUGAACUGCCUCAUUCAGUUUGAAGAUUUUGCAAACUCCAAUGCUUUUCGCCUUCUUAACAAGUACCGUAAUAAGUACCUCACUUUUAAUGAUGACAUUCAAGGGACCGCAUCUGUGGCAGUAGCUGGCAUACUUGCUGCACUGAGAAUCACCAAGGACAAAUUUCGUGAUCAUAAGUUUGUCUUCCAAGGAGCCGGGGAGGCUGCCAUGGGAACUGCUCAUCUCCUCAUGAUGGCUAUGGAAAAAGCUGGAAUCCCAAAGCAAGAAGCUCUAAAAAAGAUUUGGAUGGUGGACUCAAAGGGCCUUAUUACUAAGGGAAGAAGCCACCUGACCCAUGAAAAGGAGAUGUUUGCUCAGGAUCAUCCACCAGUAAAAAGCUUGGAAGAAGUUGUUAGGACAGUUAAACCAACAGCUUUAAUUGGUGUAGCAGCCGUUGGGGGAGCAUUUACAGAACAGAUAUUAAAGGAAAUGGCUACAUUUAAUAAGCAUCCAAUUAUUUUUGCUUUGAGUAAUCCUACCAGUAAGUCAGAGUGCACAGCAGAGGAGUGUUAUCACCUCACUGAGGGCCGUGGAAUAUUUGCCAGUGGAAGUCCAUUUGAUCCUGUAACCCUUCCUGAUGGUCGUACCUUUGUCCCAGGUCAGGGUAACAAUGCCUACAUUUUCCCUGGAGUUGCACUUGGAGUUAUCACAUGUGGAGUGAGGCACAUAGACGAUGACAUUUUCCUAAUUUCAGCUGAGGUUCUUGCUGAACUAGUGACAGAGAAGGAUCUUUCAGAGGGACGUUUGUACCCACCGCUGAGCACCAUCAGAGAUGUUUCAUUCAAGAUUGCCACAAGGAUCGUGGAUUACGCCUAUAAAAAUAACCUUGCUGCCUGGUACCCUGAACCCAAGGACAAAGAAGCAUUUGUUCAUGCUCAAAUCUACAGCCCUGAUUAUGAUUCCUUUGUAUUGGAUAACUACAAAUGGCCUAAAGAAGCCAUGGAAGUCCAGAAAGUGUAGAUAUCUGUACCACUCAAGUCAUUGCCUAGAAUAUGUUAUCAAAUCCAGGUAACCUUAAUUGCAAACAUACUGCCUUUGCCUUCUGACAUGAUUAUUCUAUACAUCAUAAGACAGCACAAUUACAGUUCAAAAGAAAGCUACUCUCAAUUAUUAUUUUCAAACCACCAAAUCUUCUUCAGUGACAGGUGUCCAGUAGUAGUCCAAUGGAAGUUCAUUACAUUUAUCAAUUUUUUAUAUCAUUUGUAUCUUGUAGUGAUUAUUUGAUAUUUCAUCUUCACGUUAUUGCUCACUCCUUUUUACAAAAUAUUGUUUACCAUUUGAACAAUUUGAAUAGGUAUGCUAUUUCUGCACUUCAUCAUAAUAUGAAAGAGAUCAAAAGAGAGGGUCUGGGUUGAUAUUCAUUGAAUUGUAUAAUCUCACAUAAAACACAUAGCUAUGGCUUCAUAAGCUUUUUUCACAAAAUUAAGUUAAUUUCCUUUUCUGAACAUGGCUACUAUCUUAUCUCUAGAGUCACACGUAUAAUGGCACUGUUUUAGUUUGGAUUCCUAUUUUUCUUGCGUACCAGUCUUCCUUUAGAAUAAAGGAGUAGUGUAAAUGGCACAUGGAUGCCAGUUCCCAGGAAUCUAAGCCAAAUCUGUGCCCAUAUUUAAACAACUUGGAAAUUAUCCAGAAGAAAACUGGAGAACUGAGUAAUAAAGUAAGUUAAUGUAUUAUCCUUCCACCUUUAGGAGGUGGGUUGAAUUCAGUCCAAGUUAAUUUAUCAAAAGUCAUCCAUUCAUAAUGGUUAAACUUUCCCAUGUGAAAUUAUUUAGGACAGGAUUAACCCUGUUCCUAGUUGGUGUUGGUAUUCAAAUUUAUAAUUGUCCAUAGACAAUAAGGAUGUCUUCAGUGGGCAAUUAUAAGUUACUUGGGUGCAGUAGGAAUUCUUUUCUGAAAUUGGACCCAAGGCAUGAUGAGGGGACUUACUCAGCAUUCAAUCUGUGCUACACCCAACCUGGGAGUGCAUGGCACUGUUUUCAUUACUUAAAAUGAGUAUGUAUGUAUGCUAUUUCCAAGUACUGAGAUCCUGCAUCUUGAAAUUAACAAAACAAAAAGAACCUCACAAUCCAAUAUUUUGUUUAGCCACUUAACGUUCAGAAAAGUUAUUUCUGUUAUUUUUGUUUGGUAGAUGUGCUGAAAUCAUCUGAUCUGAUACUUGUAUUACUUCUGUAUGUCAGCUGAAAACACCAGGAAGCUAAGAUGUGUUUUAUUUUGAAUAUUUGUUGCUGAAAUAUGUUAUAUUUUCCCCUGCAUGAUGAAUUUAUUUCAUUUAUUUUUAUAAGGCUUCAGAUAGCAAUUAUUUUAAACAUUCUGCUGUUCUGCAAGGUGUCAUUAUACUAAUUGUAGAAAGAAUGUAAGCCAAGAACCAUGUGAGAAUGUGCUUUGUAAGAGAACAAAAUGCUUAAUAAAUCAUGGUCUGUAAAUCCA